AUGACAGACUCUUCCUCGGUGAAGAUUAACCCUACCAUUGUUGCACAAGCUAUAGCCGCAGGGAUUCGGUUUAAUACCAUCCAAUCACGCGAGGAGGCGAUUUCAGACAACUUUCAUACGACAUAUUCUUGGAUCUUCCAAAAUGAACCUCUACAAACACACGAUAUACCCAUGUGGGACAGCUUCCCUAAGUGGCUUGAAGAUGACUCGAACAAAGUCUACUGGAUCACAGGCAAGCCAGGUUCUGGCAAAUCAACUAUUAUGAAACUGAUAUUGCGACAAAAGUCUUUCUGGGAUUCGCAAUGCCAGUCUCUUGGAUCACUCCGCCUUCUUCUUGUCAAAUACUACGCAUGGAAUCCGGGUAACACGCUACAGAAGUCCCUCGAGGGCCUCAAAAGGACCAUUAUAUCACAAGUGUUGGACCAAUGCCCUGAUUUAGCCCCAAUAUUGACACCAAGACGCUGGGCGUUCUGCCAAGUGUUAAGAAGCACCUCAGGCAUCCCCAUGUGGAAUACGGAGGACAUAGAGGAGUCCAUCGAGACAUUGCUCCCCUCGUGUGGAAAGAAUAUCAAACUCGCAUUAUUUAUUGACGGGCUUGACGAGUUCGACUUGCCGCCUAUUGAAGUCAUCAAAUGUAUUCGACAUAUAACUGCACGAUGCCAAAGUGGACUUAAAGUAUGCGCUGCAAGCCGACCAUGGACAGAAUUUGAAGAUGAAUUUAACGAAGGCCCAAUGCUUCGAAUGCAUCUACUAACAAAGCAAGACAUGAGAACCUUUGUCACAGAAAAUUUCAAGGGUAACAAAGGCUUUGAUGAGCAGAAGCAAUUGAAUUCUGCAGCCGCUACUCAGCUUCUUACUGAUAUAGUGCAGAGGGCAAAUGGGGUUUUUAUCUGGGUCUCGAUAGUUGUGCAACAUUUACAGGCCCUCUUCCUCGAAGGGCAGUCGAUAGCUCAAGCUCGGGAAAUCCUCGAAGUCCUCCCUUCAGACAUCUCGUCCCUGUACGAUGCCAUAUGGGCCAGUAUCCGUCCGGAAAAUCUCCUUGAUGCUUCCUAUAUGAUGCAGGUGCUGAGAGCUGCUGACGGCCCAUUGCCAUGGUUUACAAUGUGGCUGAUUGAAGAAUCGAGGUUUACCUCAAUAGACAUCAACAACCUCCCCGAUGAUGAAAAUUGGAAAGAUGUCGCUAUGAAGUCAUUGAAAAGGAAACUUGCAGCUCGCACCAAGUGCAUUUUGGAAGUUAAUGCAAGUUCAAGCGGUGGUUUUGUUGACUUCAUCCACCGCACUGCUCGGGAUUGGGCUGUGCAGCCUGACAAUUGGCAGUUGAUCUGUUCCUCGAGUACACAAUUUGAUCCUCACUUAUGUAUCCUAAAAGUUGAGGCUCUCAUUGUAUCUCACCAGGGAUUGAGCGAGCUGGGAGACUUUUGGGAUACUGUAGCGAGAGCCCUUUGGCAUGCAAGUGAGGUCAAAGACAAUCCGGAGAAUGCGUUGGAGUUCGUCAAUUCCCUGAACUCAUUUGAUGCUCAGGUCAGCAAAUUAUUUCAAGAAACUUCAAUUGGAUGGGCAAUGGUCGGCAAAUAUGCUGACCAUUGGUCAGCUGGACAGGACACCAAGCGACGAUGGCGGAUCCAAAACACUUUUCUUGGAUUAGCUGCACAAUUCUCUAUUCUACCCUAUAUUAAGGCUAUGGCGCUCUCAGACCGACCUCAUUUAGCUCAGCGGUUUUCCCGAGAUUCCCUAGGGCUUCUCGAAAACGCAAUUUUUGGUUACUCUUUCUAUAUGUCGUCAGCUCUUUUCCAGAACGGUUUUCGCCCUCGAAUCCCUUGCGCCCGGAGGUUGGCUACUGUGAGAUAUCUAUUAGGGCAAGGGGUUUAUCAAUCGAAAGUGCACACAAGAGAUGGAAGACACGAUCUGAAGGAGGAGAUACAGAAAGUGUCUCUGGAAGAUCCGGAAUACUAUGCCACAGUAGCAAGCUACUUGGAUAACAGAGAUCUCAGAGCAAGUGUUAAAACUAUUGGACUGCGCAUUAGGUAUUUUUUUUUUCCAAGCCAGAAGCGUAACUUGAUACAGUUAUACUGUUGA